AUGAGAGACCGGACAAAAGAAUUGGGAAAUAAGGCAGAGUCCUCGGAUGAAGAUGAGGAGGGCAGAGCACUCAUGGUCAAACCUGGCCCCUCUUCACCCAAAGAGGACAAGGAGAGCGAAGCCUUCUUCAAAAAGGCUCAAGAGAUCCACGAGGGCCUGCAAAGUCUGAAGAGAAAGGUUUAUGACCUUGAGAACAAGCAGAAGACUGUUCUGGGUGUACCUUUACCAGAGGACAGUAUGAAGAAAGAGCUUCAGGUCCUGAGAGAUGAAAUCAAAACAAUGGCAGGGCAGAUACAGAAAAAACUCAAAAGCAUUGAAUCCAAAAAGGGAGAAGAUGAUGGAAAAUACAUAUCCGUAACCACAAGAAUGCAGCGGAUACAGCACGGUGUUUUAUCUAAGGAGUUUGUGGAGUUGAUGGGGCACUGCAACACCAUUCAGACUCAUUACAGAGAGCGUAAUGUGGAGAGGAUAAAGAGGCAACUUAAAAUCACCGGGUACAAUGUGACGGAUGAGGAGCUGGACACGAUGCUAGAAAGUGGACAAACUGACGUCUUCACUCAAAAUAUCUUGAGUGACGCCAAAGCGACGCGGCAGGCUCUAAACGAGAUCGAGUCCAGACACGACGAGAUCCUGAAGUUGGAGAGAAGCAUCCGAGACCUGCACGAAAUGUUUCAGUACCUGGCGAUGGAGGUGGAGGCGCAGGGAGAAAUGGUCAACAGGAUUGAAACGAACAUUAAAGAUUCUGUUAACUAUGUGGAAAAAGCAAAAGACCACACAGAAAAGGCGGUUACGUACCAGUCCAAAGCUCGUAAGAAGAAAAUAUGGAUCGCCGUGUGCUUAGCCGUCUUGAUUCUCAUCUUGGUCAUAGCGUUGCUUUCUGCUUUUGGCAGCUAA